CCGGCGAGGGGUGGCCCUUUAAAAGGCAGUGUCUUGUCCGGAGGGGGCGGGCAGGGGGAGCUGACCGCCGCCCGAGGCCCAGCCCCUCCUCCCUGCCCCCUUCCUUGGUUCGUCCGUCCCUCCCCGGUCCCAGCGUCGCUGUCUCGCUAGCCCAACGCACGCUCCGCCUCCGUCAGUCGGCUCCGCUGACUAGUGAGCGGCGUGGACAGGAGCCGGGGCCGGACGCGCGGCCGGGGCUGGGGGCUGGGAGCGCGGCGCGCACGGCCUCCCAGAGCAAGAUAGGGCCCCCGCCACCAGGCGAGGCCGGCGCCGCGAUGGCAGAGAUGGGCAGUAAGGGGGUGACGGCGGGGAAGAUCGCCAGCAAUGUACAGAAGAAGCUCACCCGCGCGCAGGAGAAGGUCCUUCAGAAACUGGGGAAGGCAGAUGAGACCAAGGAUGAGCAGUUUGAACAGUGCGUCCAGAAUUUCAACAAGCAGCUGACUGAAGGCACCCGGCUGCAGAAGGAUCUCCGGACUUAUCUGGCUUCAGUCAAAGCCAUGCACGAAGCCUCCAAGAAGCUGAACGAGUGUCUACAGGAGGUGUAUGAGCCCGACUGGCCCGGCAGGGACGAGGCCAAUAAGAUCGCUGAGAACAAUGACCUGCUGUGGAUGGACUACCACCAGAAACUGGUGGACCAGGCGCUGCUGACCAUGGACACGUACUUGGGCCAGUUUCCUGACAUUAAGUCACGCAUUGCCAAGCGAGGGCGGAAGUUGGUGGACUACGACAGUGCCCGACACCACUAUGAGUCCCUUCAAACCGCCAAAAAGAAAGAUGAAGUCAAAAUCGCCAAGCCUGUCUCGCUGCUUGAGAAAGCCGCCCCCCAGUGGUGCCAAGGCAAACUGCAGGCUCAUCUCGUAGCUCAAACUAACCUGCUCCGAAAUCAGGCCGAGGAGGAGCUCAUCAAGGCUCAGAAGGUGUUUGAGGAAAUGAACGUGGACCUGCAGGAAGAGCUCCCAUCCCUGUGGAACAGCCGUGUAGGUUUCUAUGUCAAUACGUUUCAGAGCAUCGCGGGCCUGGAGGAGAACUUCCACAAGGAGAUGAGCAAGCUCAACCAGAACCUCAACGACGUGCUGGUCAGCCUGGAGAAGCAGCAUGGCAGCAACACCUUCACAGUCAAGGCCCAGCCCAGAAAGAAAAGUAAACUGUUCUCCCGGUUGCGCAGAAAGAAGAACAGUGACAAUGCCCCUGCCAAAGGGAACAAGAGCCCAUCGCCUCCACCAGAUGGCUCCCCUGCGGCCACCCCCGAGAUCAGAGUGAACCAUGAGCCAGAGCCAGCCAGCGGGGCCACACCCGGGGCCUCCAUCCCCAAGUCCCCAUCUCAGCUCCGGAAAGGUCCACCAGUCCCUCCGCCCCCCAAACACACCCCGUCCAAGGAGAUCAAGCAGGAGCAGAUCCUCAGCCUGUUUGAUGACGCGUUUGUCCCCGAAAUCAGCGUGACCACCCCCUCCCAGUUCGAGGCCCCGGGGCCUUUCUCUGAGCAGGCCAGUCUGCUGGACCUGGACUUUGACCCUCUGCCACCCGUGGCAAGCCCCGUGAAGGCGCCCACGCCCUCUGGUCAGUCAAUUCCGUGGGACCUCUGGGAGCCCACAGAGAGUCCAGCUGGCAGCCUGCCAUCCGGGGAGCCUGGUGCUGCUGAGGGCACAUUUGCUGUGUCCUGGCCCAACCAGACGGCCGAGCAGGGGUCUGCCCAACCUGCAGAGGCCUUGGAGGUGGCAGGUGGGACCCAGCCUGCGCCUGGAGCCCAGGAGCCUGGGGAGACGGCGGCAAGUGAAGCAGCCUCCAGUUCUCUUCCGGCUGUGGUGGUGGAAACGUUCUCAGCAACUGUGAAUGGCACCGUAGAAGGCAGCAGCGGGGCCGGCCGUUUGGACCUCCCCCCGGGCUUCAUGUUCAAGGUGCAGGCUCAGCACGAUUACACGGCCACUGACACGGACGAGCUGCAGCUCAAGGCUGGUGAUGUGGUGCUGGUGAUCCCCUUUCAGAACCCGGAGGAACAGGAUGAAGGCUGGCUCAUGGGCGUAAAGGAGAGUGACUGGAACCAGCACAAGGAGUUGGAAAAAUGCCGGGGCGUCUUCCCUGAGAACUUCACGGAACGGGUGCAGUGACGUGUCGGCGGAGUUCCUGCAGUCCUCUGGGCGUGUGAAGAACACCUUUCCCCUCCCCCCCAAAAAAUGUGUGUUUCUUUCUUUUUUUUUUUUUCUUCUCUUUUUUCGUUUUCGUUUUUAAACUUUUGAAAAAGCAAAGGGAAACCGAGAGACGAGAGACCUAAGCCGAAAGGUAUUCUCCCAAAGAUUAGGUUGUUCUCCCCCCAAAGCCCAAUCCUGGCCAGUCUGGUAGAAUUCACCAGUGUUUCUGAAGCUGCUGUGGUCCCUAGUUGAGUUCCUGGCACCCUUCUCCGUGCCCGCAUGUGUGCCCGGCUGCAGGGCGGGCUGGGGGCCGCCAAGUCACCGCCACGCUUGCCUGAAGCUUCAGCCGCGCCACCUGGGCAAGGGUCUUCUUUACCUGGCAGCUGCUGUGGGUGGGCGCAGACACCGGCCCUGCCUGGCCCUGCCCCGCAGACCAUCCGUGUGCUGUUUGAAAAUAAACCUUAGUGUUCAAACAAAACGAAACAAAGAAACAACAACAACAAAACUGACAAAACACUAAAAAAAAUAAUAAUAAAUAAAGCCUGUGUGUUUAUUUUGCCA